AUGGCCGCCACCACCAUUCAUUUUGGAAUCACCACAGCCUUCACCACUUACUUCAGCUAUUUUCUCCUCUUCUCCUUUGGCCAGAUUCGCGAUCUUUCCCGCAACAUUUUUCAAAUUUGGUGCUGCGACACUCUUCAGGGUUAUGCGCCAAUCUGCUCGGGGCCUGAAGACUUCUACAUCCGUCGAUUGUACACCAGAAUUCAGGACUGCUUUAACAGGCCCAUAUCGAGUGCUGCCGAUGCUUGGGUCGACGUGGUGGAGCGAAUUUCCAACGACAAUAACAAAACAUUGAUGCGGACGAAUAGAGUAACUAAAUGCCUCAAUUUGGGGUCAUUUAAUUAUUUAGGAUUUGCUGCAAAGGAUGAAUACUGCACACCCCGGGUUGCUGAGGCCCUCGGAAAAUUUUCUCCGAGCACGUGUAGCACUCGGGUUGAUGGAGGCACGACAACAUUGCACGCUGAGGUGGAGGAGUGUGUGGCCAAUUUUACCAGAAAACCGGCAGCCAUAGUAUUUGGGAUGGGCUACGCAACAAAUUCCGCCAUUAUUCCAGUAUUGGUUGGCAAAGGGGGCUUGGUUAUCAGUGAUUCUUUGAACCACCGGUCUAUAGUUAAUGGGGCCAGAGGUUCAGGGGCCGUCGUCCGAGUUUUUCAGCAUAAUACACCAUCUGAUUUAGAAAAAGUUCUGAGGGAGCAAAUUUCGGAGGGACAACCAAAUACACAUGGCAAGCCUUGGAGAAAGAUAAUCGUUAUCGUGGAAGGACUGUACAGCAUGGAAGGGGAACUAUGCAAACUCCCUGAAAUCAUCUCCAUAUGCAAGAGAUACAAAGCAUACGUGUAUGUAGAUGAGGCUCACAGCAUGGGAGCUAUUGGGAAAACCGGAAGAGGUGUGUGUGAGCUUCUAGGAAUCGACACGUCUGAUGUAGAUGUGAUGAUGGGAACUUUCAGUAAAUCAUUUGGGCCUUGUGGUGGUUAUAUUGCAGGAUCUAAAGAACUUAUCCAAUAUUUGAAGUACACUUGCCCGGCUUAUCUUUAUGCGACGUCAAUGCCCCCACCAGCCGCGCAACAGAUUAUUUCUUGUAUGAAGGUUAUUCUCGGUGAAGAUGGCUCUAGCAGAGGGCCUCAGAAACUGGAUAGGCUUCGUGAAAACAGUAAUUUUUUCCGUUCUGAGCUGCGGAAAAUGGGUUUUGAGGUUCUGGGCGAUAAAGACUCCCCCAUAAUUCCCGUAAUGCUCUAUAAUCCAGGAAAAAUUCCUGCUUUUUCGCGCGAGUGCCUCAAAAGAAAUGUGGCAGUUGUGACGGUUGCUUUCCCGGCGACUCCUUUGUUGUUGGCCCGUGCUCGCAUAUGUAUUUCAGCUUCUCAUACGAGGGAAGACCUCAAUAAAGCUUUGGAGGUAAUCAACAAAGUAGGAGAGACCGUUGGUGUCAAAUACUUGCCUCCUCAGCCUAAAAAACAGGACUUUGGAGAGAAUUAA